GAAAUGGAAAUGGGUCACUUCAUAUGUUAAGUGUGGAGGAAUACCAUCCUAUUGUGUCUUGAUAAAGUUGAUAAAGCUUUCAAUAGCAACAUUUUAAAAUAAAAACCGGCCAAGAGCAUGUCGGGCCACGCCCAGUGUAGGGUUCCGUAGUUACUCUUCCGUCACAAUAAGCUAAACUGGAGCUUAAAGUAUAGUAAAUUGUUAACCAAGGGAUGAAACAGUACCUUUCACGCGAGUUAAACAAAUAGGCAAAUUUGCAUAAUCAGUACCUAAAAUAAGUCUUAUUACUAUGGGAGAAACUUUUUGCGAUAACUCAAAAACAGCUAAACUGAUCAUGUCCGCUAUAGUUUUCAUUUAAUGUCUUUCUUAAGCUCUACUUCCACGAUUUAUUUCAUAUUUUUUGGACCUAUGGUUCAAAAGUUAGAGGGGGGGGACACAUUUUUUUUCUUUCGGAGCGAUUAUCUCCGAAUACAUUCACUUUAUCAAAAAAUGUUUGUUGAAGACCCUCAUUAGUUUUGAAAGACCUUUCCAACGAUACCCCACACUGUAGGGUUGAAGCAAAAAAAAAAUUCACCCCCACUUUACGUGUAGGGGAGGUACCCCAAAAAAAAUUAAAUUUUUAUAUUUUAUUGUACGACUUUGUCGGCUUUAUUGAUUUAUAUAUCCAUGCCGAAUUUCAGCUUUCUAACACUAACGACCACGGAGCAAAGCCUCGGACAGACAGACAGACGGACAUGGCGAAAUUAUAAGGGUUCCUAGUUGACUACGGAACCCUAAAAAAGGGAGGUAUGGGCAUUGUGAAUGUCAUCUCGCUUUGUUUGGUAGGGCACAGCGCAGCCAUUCAUUCCAGAUCUAGAGCAGAGCCCAACUGGGGAAGUACCUCCACCUUGCAGAAAACAGCAGCCAAAUAACACUAGACCCUACUCAUAGUGUUGUGUUCCUUCCGGUGAGUAAGGUUGGCAAAGCUCAACGGGGGGGUUUAGGGUCGGCAACGCGCAUGGAACUCCUCUGGAGUUGCAGGCGUACAUAGGCUACGGAGACUGCUUACCAUCAGGCGGGCCGUAUGCUUGUUUGACACCGACGUAGUAUAAAAAAAAAUAGAAAGCGAAGGCUGUUUUUGAUUCUACGUCACGGUACAUCACGAGGUGAAAGUAAAACUCUGCCAUUGGACGCCGGCAACCUGUGGCGGUCAAGCGACCAAUCACGCUCGCGGCCUUGCCCGCGCCGCAGCCGACGAGAAAGCACUGACAACUUGACAAGUCAGCUGUCAAGUUGAAGUUGAAAUCGGAAGUCUGCGCGAGAGUUGCGAAAACUUCGUACAAAUAAUGACCUUUGCGUAGAAAGUUAGGAACAAUAAAAACUAGUGUUAAGGAUUAACGCUAAGUGUAACAAUGUAUUUAGCAUGGCUAACGUUUCUAGUGCUGGCUACAGAGGGCUGGGCACAGGACGACGACGACGGGCCCUAUCGCGGCAAGCUGCUCGGGAAACUCAACUCCUACCAUCACCAGGUGACGGGUGAGGUGUAUGCAGUGGAUGACUGGACGCUGCUGCUGGUGAACUUCAACUAUGAUGGUACAGGGGACGACACGUUCUUCUGGGCUGGUGACUCAGCACGCCCUGGCCCGCAGGGCUUCAUUGUGCCUGAUGAACAUGGCAAAACCAACAUUUUGGAGCGGUACUACAACGCCGAGGUUCGCAUCUCGCUGCCAGAGGGAAAGCGCGUGUCGCGGCUGAAGUGGUUCGCGGUGUACGACAUCGCAUCGCAGAACGCGUUCGGCGACGUGUACGUGCCGGACGAGUUCGAGGCGCCGGCGCCGCAGACCGCCGCGACCCUGGCCGGGACCGGCGUCUCCAGCGCCACCCUGCAGCUGCUCGACGCCAAGACUAUCCUGGUGCCGGAGUUCCGGUACGACGGCGCGGGCGGCGAGGCGUACUUCUGGGCCGGCGCCGGCCCGCAGCCCAGCGCGCGCGGCUUCAAGCUGCCCGACGAGUAUGGAUACCUGGAGCCGAUCCCCGCGUAUCGCGGCGCGGACGUGCGCCUGACGCUGCCGGGCGCGCACACCCUCUUCACAAUCAGCUGGCUCGCCGUGUGGGACGCGGCCUCGCGUCGCGCGCUCGCCUCCGUGCUGCUGCCGGAGCGGCCCAACGUGCCCCCGGCGCUCACCACCCUCCACCCGCACAGGUCGACGCUGCCGGCGUGCCGCCAGCUGCACCGCGACCUGCAGGCCAGCUGGGAGGUGUUCGGCAACCAGCUCACCAUACAACUCGCCGGCAAGAUCGGCGAUAACGAGUACAUGGCGUUCGGGAUCUCGGGGUCGGCCAGCCGCUCGCAGAUGGAGGGCGCGGACGUGGCCGUCGCCAGCUUCGAGCCGAGGUUCCAGCGCGGCCGCGCCACCGACUACAACAUCACCGCUCUAGCGCCGUGCGUGCAAGUGUUAGGCCAAUGGCGCGGCGUGUGUCGCGACGAGCGGCUGGGAGCGCAAGACUCGAACCAAGUGUUCACCGCGUCCCGGACAGAUGGCGUCACCGUCGUCACCUACAGGCGGACCCUGCAGCCCUGUGACCGAUCGAACCGCGAGUGGGUGACGGACAAGCCAAUAUUCGUGGUGUGGGCCGUGGGGGCGCUGGACUCUGAAGAUGAGCCAACGUUCCAUCGUCUCUGGCCGCGGGCUGACGUCGUGCUCAACAUCUCGCAGACUGCAGACCAGGCCGCCGACGACUGCGUGGAGUUCAGCGUGGGCUCCUCGUCAGCACCUGCGCCGUGGGAGACGGCGGAGCUGUUCGACCCGGCGCUGCGCGUGUUCUCGUUCUCGCUGGGCCCGGCGGGGGGCGCGCGGGGCGUGGCGGGGCGGGGGGCCGGCGGGGGCGGGGCCGCGGCUGGCGGGGGCGGGGCCGGGGCCGCGGGGGGCGGGGCCGGGGCCGCGGGGGGCGGGGCGCCCCUCGCGUGGUACGUCAACGGCCAGCUCGCGCCGGACCUGCAGAUACGCCGGGGACUGCAUUAUACAUUCAAGGUAUUCGGCGGCAACAACCCGCACUCGGCGCACGAGUACCACCCGCUGAUCGUGUCAGUGGACCCGCGCGGCGGGCUGGAGCAGCUGCCCGAGGCCGCGCAGCGCGCCGUGCGGGUCCUGGCGGGCGUGCACUACACGCGGCGGGGCCGCCUCACUGCCACCGCAGCGGGCCCGCUGUGCCUGGCGUCCCACGCGGCGGGCGCGGACCCGCGGCGCGCGGCCGACUUCGCCACCUUCCGCGCCUUCAACCGCACGCUGCAGUGGAGCUGCGCCGCCGGACCCGCUGCGGAGCUACAAGUAGCUCCUAACGACACGUGGCCGGACCUGGUGUACUACAACUCCUUCACCCACGCCGGUGAGUCUCGACCGCACGCUGCAGUGGAGCUGCGCCGCCGGACCCGCUGCGGAGCUACAAGUAGCUCCUAA